AUGAAGUACUCUACUGUCUUCGUUCCCGCCCUCGUCGUUGCCAACGGUCUCCUCGCCGCCGCCAUGCCAGCUCCCGCCGCACCUUCGUCCGACAUGGGCAGCUACAAGGACCGCAAGCCCAAGCAAGAUGCCGCCUCUCAAAGCCUUCCUCUUCCAACCGACUCCCUUCCUUCCCCUCUGCCGACGUCGUCUGCACCGACGAGCGUCAGCAGCGCGUCCUCGAGCGCCAAGAGCGAGGAGGCGAGUACAACGUCGACUGCGAAGAGUGAAGAAUCUGGAGCGACUGGAGUCCCAGAAACGGCUGAACGCGUCCCUGGGUCAGUCGAGUCCAAGGCCAUCCGUGCUCGUGGACCGACCCCUGAAGAUAUUCAAUGCGGCAAGAUCUACGUUCAGUCUAUCGACCGUUUCUCUGGAUUCGUUCAAGGGACGCGUGACCAGGAUGGACGCUACACGGUUGGCCCUCAGUCGGGGGCUGUCACCGUCACACUCGGCGACAAUGUUCUCAAGCUCGACCAAGCGUUCCAGGGUGGCUACCCACGCAUCGGUGCAACCUUUGGCGUCGACUUUGAGCGCAACCCGGGUGAGGAUAACAUGGCUGGCAACAGCUGGAACUUCGCCUAUGUGACCGCUACGGGCGACGGACACCAAUAUGGGCAGCCAGCGAUCUCGGAUGACAGCAGCUUCAACUUUGCUCACGAUGCUCAUCAGCACGUUGAAUCGGCUAUCUUCUACCUUGGCGAGAACGGCGAGAUCAAGGCGGCGUGGACAAACAAGAACAAGCAGAGCGUUCCAGUCGACUUUGCUGUCAACCCGAACAAGCAACUGAUCCUCGGUGCAAACGUAGGUGCCUACAGCGCUCAUUACUCGUUUGGUUCGAAUGCUCCCUCUGCUCGCCUCUUCUGCCGCAAGUAG